AUGCUUCAAAAAACCAUUCUUUCGGCCAUCUCAUGGCUCACGAUUGCCCCUCUCUCUUCUGGUUCGCCCACUGGCCUAAACAUGCGAACUGCUGUUCCAACCGCACAAAGUGUCAAGACCAUGUACCAAUUCCCCAACGGCACUUGGUUGGAGAAUCUCGCCGUGAGAGAGAAUGGUGGUGUCCUCCUCUCUGAAUUCGACUCUCCCAACCUCCUCUACGUAAACCCAUUUGCACUCAAUCCAAACCACGCAACCAUCCACACAUUCUCCGCUCCAGCGACGGGUAUUGUGGGCAUUGCCGAGCUCGGAAGCGAUAUCUUUUACGUUGGAACCAUAGGAUAUAGCUUCUCAACCUUUUCUGCCGCAUCCGAGAGUGGACAGCUAUGGAAAGUAGACAUGACGAAUUAUCCCACCUCUGCACCCGUGACACACAUUGCGGAUAUCAAAUCAUCCGGGCAACUAAACGGCGUAACGGCCUUACCUGGCACUACCAAAAUCCUCCUAGCAGACUAUACCAAAGGAGUAAUCUGGCGAGUCGAUGUCGAUUCUGGCGCCGUGGACAUCGCAGCAAACGAUACCGCGCUCGCCGCAAGCGGAGUCAAUGGAAUUCAUGCUCCAGGAAACGGGUACCUUUAUUUCACCAACACAGGCGCAGGAAGCUACGGAAGAUUCGCAAUUGAUUCGACGGGCACGCAAACUGGGGCCGCGAAAAUUCUUUUCCAAAAUAGCGAGGUGGCUCCUGAUGAUUUUGCUCUGUAUACGACGGAGAGCGAUACCGCUGCUGUUUUGAUGGAUGGUACUGGAAAUCGUAUCGUUUAUACUUCGGGAACCAGUGAUUCUUACUCUGUAAUUGUCGAUUUGGAUGGUCCUACUGCGGCGGCGUUUGGGAGGAGAUCGGGUGAUACUAAUACUUUGUAUAUUAGUAGUACUGGAGGGGAUUUGGAUUAUGCGGCUAACCCUGUCCCUGUUGGGGGAGCUUUGACGAGAAUUAUUCUUUAG